CCAGCCACGGCCGCUUUGGAGCCUCAGCGCCCUCAGGAGCCCGGCCUUCGGGGCAGGGAGGCGAAGUCCCCGGUUCACUGUCCGCGGGAUCAGCGACCGAGGACGCCGGCGUCCCGGAGCCAACAGGAGGAGCUUUGGGGCUGGAACCCCAAAAGACCCGGUGCAAGACUCCGGGCUCCCUGAGGGCAGUGGGCUGAGGCCCUGCCUGGCCCGGCUCCCUCCCUCCCGGGAGCCCAGGAUGCCCCUAGGCCACAGCGGCUCCUGAGCUCAUGGAGCCCUCGGCCACCCCAGGGACCCAGACGGGAGUCCCCACUGGCAGCUUGGACCCGUCCCCAGCGCCUCCCAACUACUACUACGAAGACGAGUUUCUCCGCUAUUUGUGGCGUGAUUAUCUGUAUCCGAAGCAAUACGAGUGGGUUCUCAUCGCAGCCUAUGUGGCUGUGUUCCUCGUGGCCCUGGUGGGCAACACGCUGGUCUGUCUUGCCGUGUGGCGGAACCACCACAUGAGGACCGUCACCAACUACUUCAUUGUCAACCUGUCCCUGGCGGACGUGCUGGUGACAGCCAUCUGCCUGCCAGCCAGCCUGCUGGUGGACAUCACCGAGUCCUGGCUGUUUGGCCACGCCCUCUGCAAGGUCAUCCCUUAUCUACAGGCCGUGUCUGUGUCAGUGGCAGUGCUGACUCUCAGCUUCAUCGCCCUGGACCGCUGGUAUGCCAUCUGCCACCCACUGUUGUUCAAGAGCACUGCCCGGCGUGCCCGGGGCUCCAUCCUGGGGAUCUGGGCUGUGUCGCUGGCUGUCAUGGUGCCCCAGGCCGCUGUCAUGGAAUGCAGCAGUGUGCUGCCGGAGCUGGCCAACCGCACCCGGCUCUUCUCGGUUUGCGACGAACACUGGGCAGAUGACCUCUAUCCCAAGAUCUACCACAGUUGCUUCUUCGUUGUCACCUACCUGGCCCCGCUGGGUCUCAUGGCCAUGGCGUAUUUCCAGAUCUUCCGCAAGCUCUGGGGGCGUCAGAUCCCCGGCACCACGUCGGCCCUGGUGAGGAACUGGAAGCGGCCCUCAGACCAGUCGGAGGGGCAGGGGCAGGACCAGGGCACAGAGCCCCCGCCUCGGGCCCGGGCCUUCCUGGCCGAGGUGAAGCAGAUGCGUGCUCGGAGGAAGACGGCCAAGAUGCUGAUGGUGGUGCUGCUGGUCUUUGCCCUCUGCUACCUGCCCAUCAGCGUCCUCAAUGUCCUUAAGAGGGUGUUCGGGAUGUUCCACCAGGCCAGCGACAGAGAAGCCGUCUACGCCUGCUUCACCUUCUCCCACUGGCUGGUGUACGCCAACAGCGCCGCCAACCCCAUCAUCUACAACUUCCUCAGCGGCAAAUUCCGGGAGCAGUUUAAAGCCGCCUUCUCCUGCUGCCUGCCCAGCCUGGGUCCCUGUGGCUCUCUGAAGGCCCCCAGCCCCCGCUCCCCUGCCAGGCACAAAUCCUUGUCCUUGCAGAGUCGGUGUUCCGUCUCCAAAGUCUCAGAGCACGUGGUCCUGACCAGCGUCACCACAGUGCUUCCCUGAGCCAGGGCCACCCUGGCCGCUCCGAGGGGUGCAACCUGCUCCCUGCCCGGGUUGCUCCUCUGGCUCCUGGGGCCCAGCCCUGACCUGACUCCUUGCGGAGACCGCUGAAUGCAGCUCCAAGCCAGGGCUCCUGUUCUGGUUUUUCACCUGUUUGAUUCUGAGCAAGUAACAUCCCUUCUCUGAGCUGCGUCCCCUAAACAGGACUGAUGUAAGGGUUACGCAUGCGCAAGAAAGCAGAAAGCUCUUUGUAAACGGUAGUGUUGUGAGCAAGAUUAUCACUGCACUCCUCUCACUGGGCUACACCUCACAGUGCAUGGAUCCCAAUCGUCUGUCCAGAGCUUGGCCUUCUUCCCAAAGACCCCUCUCCUACCCAAUCCCAGGCCUUCCCUGGAGCCGGCUAGAAGGGCCCAGCAGCAUCUCCAUCUGGCCCAGUGACUCCCCAAGGCCCAGGCUGCCCUCAGCCAGCCCUCUAUGCUACCCCCGUAAGGAAUCAGGACCCUGCCUUCCCCUGGAGGGAACACAGCCCCACCCCCACCAGGUGCCCAGUGUCCGCACAGCAGACUGGAUCCCUUUGGCUUUGUGGUGUGAUAAAACCCUCUCCCUGUGACCACUCGCUGUGGAGGCCAGCAGCCCAGAGCAAUGGUAAUUAAA